AUGGGAUUGAGCACUAAACAAGUCUCCGGCGACCUUCCGGCGUUCGAUUGGCCUUCCGGGAAAGCUACUCCGCGGCCGGGUGCACCUGAGCCGCCCGAGCCCACGUCCAAGUGCCCCAGAUGCGGAUCAACCAACACCAAAUUCUGUUACUACAACAACUACAAUAAAUCUCAGCCCCGCCAUUUGUGCAAGUCAUGCAAGAGGCACUGGACUAAAGGCGGCACCCUGCGGAACGUUCCGGUUGGCGGUGGCCGGAAAAACAAACGCCCGAAGAUUUCAGGCGGCAGCAAGAAAAGCACGUCAAGCGCUCUUUAUCAUGCGCUCAUUGGAUCUCCUUUAGUGCACGAGAAAACGGAUAAUAAUAAUAAUAAUAAUGGCGGGAACGUUAUUACUUCUUCUUCUUCUUCGGGUUUGAAUUCUCAGUUCCAUCUCUCGAGUUUAAGCGCGUUCGAAAUGAGUACGUUGCUGAAUCCCAUCUCUUAUCAUCAUCAUGAUUCAUUUAGCGCAUUUGGUCCCUAUGAUCAAGGGAAUCUUGAUUCGAUCGAAGAAUCGACUAUCACGAGCGUGGGCUAUAUUGCGAGCUCUAGCAACGGGCCGUGGGGCGGCGGUCCUUUGGAUUUGCCCGAUUAUUGGAACUGGAAUGAGAUCGACGAUCAUUUCAAUAUAUCGUGGGAUGAUGGUGAGUCUGAGAUCAAACCCUAG